CAGGUGUACCUGUUUCAGUCCUGAAAAUGACGAUAAUCGUACGUCUACAGGGGCUUCCGCCUGUUGCAGAUUCUUUUGACAUUCGACAGUUUUUCUAUGGAUUAAAUAUUCCCAGAGGUGGUGUAUAUAUCACAGGUGGAAAAUAUGGCGAGGCCUUUAUCAUAUUUGCAAGCUUUGAAGAUGCUCAGUAUGCAAUGACCCUAUCAGGACGUCCUCUGAAGACUUCAUUCAUUUACCUGUCAUACAGCAAUGAAUCGGAGAUGCGUCGGGCAUUGGAAGUUUACAGAAUUGGCCCCAAUGAUUCUUUGGGUGGCCUUUCUUCAGGGAUGAGCCAAAGAGCUGUUCGACCCCUGGGUGCAAAACCUUCAUUUUUAUACAUACAUGGGAUGUCUCAAAAAAUCACAAAAGUUGAACUCAGAGAAUUUUUUAAGGGCUUUACCGUAGAGGAUGUCAUAUUCUUGAAAUUUGUAAGCGGAGUGAGAAACGGAAAUGCCUUAAUUAAAUUCAAAGGCAGUAAUGAAGCUAGUGAUGCACUCAAACUUGAUGGCGUUUUCCUUGGUGGUUCUCCAGUAACACUCCGACUUUCAGAUGAAGACGAGUGGAACAAAAAUGGUGGUGAUUCGACUGUGCAGAAAAGGGACCGCACUCCCCCACGUCGAUCUCCGCGUAGGUCUCCACUCAGAGCCCCACGUAGGUCUCCGCGUAGGUCUCCGCGUAGAUCUCCGCGUAGAUCUCCACGUAGGUCUCCAAUUCGAAGAAGAAGGUCCCGCACCAGAUCUAGGUCUCCAGUUAGGAGGGAGAGACGUAGGUCCCCAUACAUCCGUGAAUUUUAUGUUCAUCUUAUUAAUGUAAGUUACAGAGCUGAAAAGGCGGACAUAAAAAAAUUCUUCUUUGAUCUUGACAUGGAUGACUCUCACAUUACAUUCCUACUUGACAAAGAUGGUAAAAGAACAAGGGAAGCCUUUGCAAUGUUCACUACACAAAAAGAUUAUAAAAGAGCUCUAAAUUUAAACCUUGAAUCUUUCAAAGGUCAUACCAUAAACAUUUUGCCCAUUUCUAAAAAAGGUAUGCUAGAGUUAAUCGAUCGCAGGAAGUCAAGGUCCAGUAGAGAGCGAUCAAGUAGAAGGUCCGAAAGCUCUCAAGAACACAAGAAAUAUGUAUUCAUGCGAAAUUUUGCCUCUAAUGUUACAAAAGCUGAUGUGGUAGCAUUCUUCAAAGAUUUUGCCUUAAAGGAGGAUGAUGUUACUUUACUGUAUGAUGAUAAAGGUGUCGGCCUUGGGGAAGCAUUGGCCAAAUUCUCAGAUGAAAAAGAAGCAUCCAAGGCAGAAAAACUAAACCAUGAAAAGCACCAAGGCACAGAGAUUCUGCUGAGUCGCAUUUCUGAGGAGCAAAUGAAAUCUCUUACCAAAGGCACUUCGACAAGCAGUCCCGAGAAGGAUUCGGCAAAUCCUGAGGACUCGAGCGUUUCUCAAGCCAGUGAAGUGCCAGACACUGCGGGUGAAUCUGCAGAGGCAGAAAAUUCUAACCAGGUGACAUUGGAUAGCACCCCGCAGAAAAAUGGCGAUAAGAAAAACCAAGGCAAAACUGAUGCCGACAAGAAAAAUAAAGACGAAUUGGAUGGCAGCAUGGAUAAUGUCAAUGAAGAAAAUUAUGCUGCUCAGGAAACUGAUGCCCACAUAGAAAAUGAUGCCAAUAAGGAAAAAGAUGCCCACUUCGAAAAUGAUGUUGAUCAGGAAAUGGAUGCCGAUCAGGAAAUAGAUGAUGAUCCAUUUAACUCUGAGCAGGCUGAAAAUCCUUCAGAUUGCACAGAUCCUUUGCAGCAAGAUGAUUCUGUAGAAGAUUGCCUGGAUGACUCCAUACUGGAAACUGAAGAUGACCUAAAUGAAGAUGAAUUAGGUGUCAAUAAUGCAGACUUGCCUGAAGGCAAGACACUUGUGUUCAUCAGGAACUUACCUAUUACAACCACUUCUGAAGAAGUUUUGGACUUUUUCCAUGACUACAAAGUGAGCUGUGUAAAUAUCAAGUAUAUCGGAAAAGGCGAAGCAACGGUGCGCAUGUCUGACACAGAAGCAAAGUCUGCCAUAGAGACUCUUAACAAGAAAGAGGUUGGCCUUAAGAAAGUGUUACUCAGCUUAAUUUAA